UCAUUUGUCAUAUGCCAUUCAGAUCUUAGGGUUUUCUCUCUCUAUCUCUCUGCUCUGCCCCCUUUUAUCGCCGCCACAGAUCUAUCUUAGGGUUUUCUUGCUUCUUCUUGAAAUCAAUCAGAUUCUUCAAUCGAAGACACACUCUUUCAUCGAACAUGUCUCGAUGCUUCUCUUUCCCACCUCCGGGGUAUUUGAGGAAUACCGAUACCUUGAUCGAAGAAUCGAUUAAGAUCCAAUUGGAUACGGAGAAGCCCAAUAAGGACAGGACGGAGAAAAAGGACAAGAAGGAUAGGAAUGAGACUAAGGAGGAGAGGAAGUUGAGGAAGGAGAAGAAGAGGGAGAGGAAGGAGAAAAGGAAAAGGGAGAAAGAAGAAACUAAAAAGGACUCAAAGCUCAAGCUUGCAGAUGAAGUAAAGAAACCAAAAGACAAUGGGAAGUUGCAAAAGGGUCAAUAUUAUGAAAAUGAACAUGUUGAGAAGAGUGAUAUUACAGAGGAACUUGACAAGCCCGUCUCUUCUCCUCAAGAGCCUUCCUCAUCUGACAGCUCUCAAAGCAGCAAGAGGAAGAGGGACACCUUGUUAUCUAGUAAAGAUCAUGGAACUGGCAUUAGAAUUCGACUUCCAUUGAGGAAACAUACAGAACCUGAAGAAGUUAAGCAAGUGUUUCAAUUGGGUUCAUCUUCAAGAAGUGUUGGAAUUUCAGAUUCAAUUACUCAGGAAACAAGAAGAGUUCAACGGCCACUGCAGGGUGUCACAAAAGUUGAGAACACAAAUCAACUCCCUGUAAAUUCUGCGUCUUGCAGACUACCAUUGAAGAAAGUUGAGACCCCAAAUGAGCUAGCUGGAAUUUCUGCUCCCCAAGUUAGCAGGCCACUACUGAAAAAAGUUGAAACUCAUUCUUCCUCCCAAGUUUGCAGACCACCUCAGAAAAAAGUUGAAACUCAUUCUUCCUCCCAAGUUUGUAGACCAACACAGAAAAAAGUUGAAACCCUCCUCUCUGGAAAUUCUGCUUCCCAAGUUUGCAGACCACCAUUAAAAAAAGUUGAAACCCUUCUCCCUGGAAAUUCUGCCCCCAAGGUUUGCAGACCACCAUUGAGGAAAGAUGAGACCCCAAGUCAGUUCAAUGCAAGUUCUGCUUCCAAAGUUUGCAGGCCACCAUUGAGGAAAGAUGAGACCCCUUGUCAGCUCAAUGUAAGUUCUGCUUCCAAAGUUUGCAGACCACCAUUGAGUAAAGAUGAGACCCUUAAUCAGCUCAAUGUAAAUUCUGCUUCCAAUGUUUGCAAAGCAUUGAGUAAUUCGGUUCCUGUUGAUGCUCCUUCCAAGCCAUUGAAGAAUUUGGUUCCUGUUGAUGCUCCAACAGCAAAUGAAACAGUUGACAAAGAAAGUCGAAGGAUGGAAUCUUUAUAUAACUCCUUACUCAACAUUCCGCCGAUAAAGUAUGAUUGUUUUGAUUCAGUUGAUGAAGAUUGGUUAUUUAGAACAGAGUCUGUCUCGAAGAAACAGAAGAUUGAUGAUGCCAUCCAGUGUUCAAAAUCCGUAUGGCCUCCUAGGGCUCAAUAUAUGCCUGAGAUUGAAAUGUAUGCUUUGCCAUACACAGUUCCAUUUUGAUUCAUAUGGAAUUUUUUUUGUAGGCCGUAGAGUUAGCUUUUUUAGAAGCCAGUGUUCUGCAAUAUUGAAAGAACUCUGCAUUAUUUUUUCUGAACAGAAAAACAUCUAUAUAGAUCAUUGUGGCACAGAAUGAGAUACACAUAUUAUUUUGUCAACAUGAUUGAUUAUUGAUGUACGUUUUACUACUAUACCUGAUCCCAGCAGUGGAAUUGGGAGAAUGUCUUGUACAUAAUGUGAAAAAAUACAAACUUUUUAUUCAUUUAUUAUUUCA